AAAACUAAUAUAGAAUGCGUAGACUUCCGUAAGCAAGGUUGGCAGCACUGAAUAGUGUACUUUAGUUGUUACUUUGACAGCAAAGAUAACCUAAAGUAUAUUUAGAUUGUAUAAGCUACCUAUUUAUUUGUGUCCUAUAAUAUAUUUUCUGUUAAUAAUUUUAUUGCAUUAAACCAGAAACAUGUCGGAGCGUAAAGUUUUAAACAAAUAUUAUCCGCCGGAUUUUGAUCCGUCAAAAAUCCCUCGUAUGAAAUUAGCCCGAAAUAGGCAAUAUACAGUUCGUUUGAUGGCUCCUUUCAAUAUGAGAUGCAAAACUUGCGGUGAAUACAUUUACAAAGGAAAAAAAUUUAAUGCUCGUAAAGAAGAUGUUGAAGGUGAUGAUUAUUUAGGAAUACGAAUUUACAGGUUUUACAUAAAAUGUACUAGAUGCCUGCAAGAAAUAAGUUUUAAAACAGAUCCCAAGAAUACGGAUUAUGAGAUUGAAGCAGGUGCAACCAGAAAUUUUAUGGCCUUAAAAUUGGCGGAAGAACAGGCGCAGAGAGAGGAAGAUGAAGAAAAAGAGGAAGAAGCUACCAAUCCGAUGAAACUCUUAGAAAAAAGAACAUUGCAAUCAAAACAAGAAUUGGAAUUGUUAGAAUCUUUAGAGGAAUUGAAAGACUUGAAUCGUAGACAACAAACUAUCGAUUAUGAUCAAAUGUUAGAACAAUUUGAUACAGACGCAGCCAAGCAAAGAACAGAGAAAGAGCAAGAAGAAUAUGACGAAGAGUGUGUUAAAGCGAUAUUUGGUAAAAAAAUUAUCGUAGAAGAAGAAAUUGUGGAAUUAGAUGAAAGCGAUAGCAGUGAACCAGCAAAAAAGGUAAUGAAAAGAAGUAAAAGUAAAACUGAAAAUAAUAAGUUUCAAUCUACAACAGACGAAGAAAAGCCUAAGGAAACUCAAAGAAUAAAGACAUCUGAAACAUCAUUGUGGUCUGAAAAUACACCGUCAUCGUCAAAUAGAAAAAGUUUGCUAGGCAUAGUUAAAAGAAAAACAAAUUUAGUAAAUACCAAAGUAAAUUCAAACACUGCAGUUGCUAGUACCAAUAAGGAAGAAACGCAGACUGUAGCAAGAAAAGAAACUGAUGUUUCUAUAGAAGAAAGUAAAAAUCCAAAUAAAAAUACGUCUGAAAGUAUGCAUAAGCCGACAAACAAUAAUGGUCUGUCUUUAUUGGGUGCAUAUUCUGGCAGCAGUGAUAAUGACAGUGAUUAACAUAACGUUUGAUAAAUUGUACACAUAAUUUAAUUUCAUUAAUUUUAUUAUAAAAUAAAGUAUACAUAUAAAAUGUA